CCAAGCAUUGUGAUAGCUGCGGAAACACUGCGAAUAAAACAAUGAAAUUGACAGACACGACAACAGAAUUACUAAGAUCUACCCUUGGAGAUUUAGAGGAGCCGUUUUCUGCAGAGUUAGAGGAAUCAGCGACCAGUAUGACGGCAUGUCUCAAGGAUGUUCUUCUAUCACAUUCGAGGUCAACUGAAGCAAGCGGAGAUUCUCAGGAAAGCAGCAUGAUUCACAACGAGAAGGAGAGUGUGAAAAGGGCUGCUCAAAAGUUGGACGCUAUGAACGAUGCAUUCUUUGUCCGCUUGGUUCCCUCAGAAAAUCUUGUACUUGAAUCACCCGGCUUGACAUCAUCUCUAAAGAAGGUGUCCGCGAAAGACAUUAAGGGUCUAGGUAUGGAAUACGGGCCAACAAAAUUCAAACUACCAGGAAACCUAGGAAAUAUGGGCAAUGGGAAUAUCAAUGCAAAGAUGAAAUCUGCUGAUUUUAAUCCAUUCAGCUGGGACAACAGCAGCACGAAAGUCCAAUCUACCGUAAUAAGUCUCGACCUCCAAUCGGAAAACGGAACAAAGCUUAAUGUUUCAAACCUGGAUAACUACAUCGAAAUCGUCAUCCCAAUUUUCAGCCCACCCUCAAAGACCAACAACAACACAGCAGUGAUCGAACAUCAUUUUCUAAAGCCCAACAAAUUGACUGUUCGUAGCUACCACGCAGAACUAGCAGAUGUACCCGUUUUCAUCAAGUUAGGUGUAGCAGGAGUGGACAGAUCGCUUACAGUGCUUGUGAAAUUUGGAUCGAGGCCUUCGAUGGAGAGCUCUGAUCUUAACUUCACUGUUAAGUUCAUUUCGAUAUGCGGAAACAGGACCAAGGUUAAACCAGACGAAUCUUCCUGCAUUCUCAACGAGAAAACCAUCACUGUACUUCCAACGAAACCAACCUUCAUUUAUAUUGGUUUAUUUUUGGAAACAUCAAAAAAUGCAAGUAAACAUUCAAGAGAGAGGCGGUCGUGCUUUGGUCAAGGUCGCCAAAGACGAUCCUGUGUUGGUGUUAAAGACCCGCCUCCUAAAGGGGUCACUCAGACGAUUGUACCUCAGUACGACCCAUAUUCUGAUGUCAACUACACUUUCACUGUAACUCAGACAAGCUGUUUGUAUUGGUCUGAAGACAAGGAAAAGUGGACUUCUGAUGGUUGUAAGGUCGACUCAGGUUCCAACACCACGCAUCUUAAAUGCCUCUGCAAUCAUUUGACCUCUUUUGGUGGAAACUUUAUCCAAUCGCCCAAUCCUAUUGAUUUUGACAAAGUUUUCACAGAGUUUUCGCGCCUCAGUGAGUCUGGAAACAUUUCAGUGCUUGUGACAAUUGCAUGUGUGUUUCUCAUCUACUUCAUCGUGUUGGUGUUUGCUAGGAGAGCUGACAGAAAAGAUAAAAGCAACAUUUGCUCCCCGCAAUAUGUAAAUAUUGUUGAUGAAGGAACUUACUAUUACGACAUGGUUAUCAGUACUGGCGUCUGGAAGGCCUCAUCAACGACUGCAAACGUUACAAUCAGUAUAAAAGGGGAAAAUAACGACCACUAUCAAAUUCCCUUGAGGAAAAACGGAGAUACGAGUACGAGUUCUAAUUUUGGUCGCGGAAGUGUAAAUGGGUUUAUCCUAGUUAGCGAUGAAUCGUUCGGAAAUUUGACCGAAAUAACUUUGGAACACGAUAAUUCGGGAGAGAGUCCAUCUUGGUUUGUAGAGACAGUGGUGAUAAGAGAUAGGCAAACGAAGGACCAGUGGGUGUUCCCCGUGAAUAGAUGGCUUGCUCUAGAAAAGGACGAUGGGCAGAUAGAAGUUAGGGUUGAAAGCAAAAGUAUCACUUCCUUCUCAGCAGAGGUGAGAUCGCGCUUUGGAAGAAAACUAGCUGACAGUCAUUUGUGGGUGUCGGUGUUUGGAAAAGCACGCGGGAGUACAUUCACUCGCGUGCAAAGAGCGUCGUGUUGUCUUUCAGUUCUCUUCAGUGCCAUGAUUGCUAAUGCUAUGUUUUACAACAUUGGCGGAGAAUCAGAAGGUGCGAUACAGAUCGGACCAUUCAAGUUCUCUGCAAGACAGAUAGUCAUUGGAGUACAGAGCGGUAUCAUAGUCGCACCAGUGAACAUCUUAAUCGUAUUUCUGUUUAAGUCUAGCAGAACCAAAACGGAAAAAGCAGACAAAUAUGAAGAAUCCUUCGAAGCACAACAGCUCGUCGAUGAAAUAAAAGGUGAAGGCUGUAUGCUGCCUCGUUUCUGUAUAUACAUCGCUUGGUUUCUCUGCUUUAUGACCACCAUGACUGCAGCAGCAUUUACGUUAUUCUACAGUUUAAUGUGGGGAAAAGAGGUUGCUGAGCAGUGGCUGGCGUCCAUUCUUAUCUCCAAUGGACAAGAUGUUUUUGUUACCCAACCAACAAAGGUCAUGUUAGCAGUUCUUGUCGUUUCCUUUCUAUUGAGUAGAAACAAAAACGAAGAAGAUAAAGAGGAAGAGGUGAAAGAGAACGAUUCACUAAAGGAUGAAAUAGAUUUCCUGAGUGAAAACCCCAAACGACGCUUUAAACAGAAUCUCAUGGAAAAGAUGCGAGAACGCAGCAGGAAAGAGGCUCAACUGGCCAACAUGGCGAGAGAAAUUGUCCUUCACUUAAUCUUUGUGUUUCUGCUCUCUAUCGUCUGUUACGGAAACAAGAAUGCGAACCGUUUUUUAAUGACGACCGAAAUGAGGAAUUCUUUCCCAAAGUUCCACCUGGUCUCUGACUCAAAGAAACUGUGGGGAUGGAUGAGACAGGAGUUUUUGCCCAACAUUUAUACCCAAUCCUGGUACAAUGACAUCGAAGACAAAAAUGAUGUGUACAUCGCCAAUAGGAUGUCAAUUUUAAUUGGCAUGCCUUGGAUGCGACAGUUGAGAAUUCAUGCAAAUCCCUGUGAAUCAAUUCCUGAAGUUAUACCAAACUGCUUCUACGAUUAUUCUCCAAGGAUGGAGGAUACAACCGAGUUAAGCCUGCCCGGAUGGAGGUCACUUCCAGACAAUACAUCAUGGCCAGAAGCUCUUCAAAUCUGCCCGAAACCAUGGCGUUACCAGACAGCUGAAAACCUCGGCAUUGAUCCUAUCAAAGCCGUAUACAAUUCUUAUGGAGGAGGUGGUUACGUAGCUGCCCUGGGUUAUGAUGCACAAACAGCGCAUAGCGUCCUGGGGGAGACCCUGGGUCUUGGAUGGCUUGAUCGUAAUACUCGUGUUGUAGUUCUGGAAUUUGCGGCGUUCAAUAUUAAUACUAACCUGAUUAGCAUUGCUACAUUCAUCUACGAAAUGAUUGCGUCUGGUGCAGCCUACACUACAUUGAAGGUGGAUACACUCGAGUUAUAUUCUACGGAGUCUGGGGCUCUUAUGUUCUAUCUCAUUUGCCAGUUUCUUUUCUUGGCAAUGGUGUUGUUCUACUUCAUUAAGUUGUUGAUUCACCUCUACCGACAGAGGUUUGCAUUUUUCAAGUCUGUCUGGAGUAUGGUUGACUUCUUGACAGUUAUUUCUUCUAUUACGUCAGUCACGUGCUACAUGAUAAGAUCCAAGAAAAUCUUGAACAGCAUCAAAGCUAUUCAAAAUAAUCCCUACGAAAUUAUUCAUUUCCACUCUGCUUUAAGUUGGGCUAACUGGGAGAAUGCCUCUAUUGCCCUCGCCAUUUUCAUGGUCACAGUGAAGCUUUUAAAUCUGAUUCGUUUUAAUCCUUAUGUCAUUUAUUUAUUUUCAUCUUUCCGUCAGUCUGUUGGGUACCAACUGUCCUACUUGAUUUUCUUCGUUAUAGUCUUCAACGCCUUUGUCAUAUCGGGAAUGCAGCUUUUUGGCGGCGUUGUUUUUCACUACUCCAGUUAUUUACAAGCAGUUAUUUCACAAUUAGAAUUCCUGUUAGGAAAAGCAGUCCCAAUCGCUCAACUUCGCGAAGAUAAACCGUUCAUCGGCCCAACUUUUGUUCUGUCAUUCAUGGUAAUGAUGACGAUAGUUCUUAUGAAUAUGCUGGUUUCGGUUUUAAACGAAUCAUACGCUGACGCCCGAGAAAAUGCAGAGGAAAGUGCAGAAGAACUUAAAAUGGCGCACUUCUUUGGGGAGCGUUUCAUGGGGUUAUUUCACGAAGAGAAAAGACAGCCAGAGUUUAGGUUAUUUUGUGAUGAUGCAACUUUUGUGAACAUGUGUCGCUCUGAUGCAGAGCCAUUCUGUUUAAAUUCAAAAAGUCUCCUUAAGUGAACAGAGGAACGAUUAGAAAAAAUUGAUAAAAGACUUGACGUCCUUACCAGACGCACAGAAGGCAUUGAUCUCGACUACUUGCGAGAGGAGAAAGAGUUCGUAGCUCUCGUUACCUCAAUCAUUACUCUGCAUUAAGAUGGUCCGCUUCUUUUUAAUGCUAGCCAAACAUUGUUGGAUAUUUUACCCCUUUCCCAGGAUGAACUAAUGAUCGAUGAGUUAGCAAAAUGACACUUGCUUAGUAUAAUGUCUAGAACUAGACGACCUUCAGAUGGUCUACAUCUUUGGUAAAUGGUGAAGUUAUCGAGUAUAGCUUUAUCUCCUGGUUUGAGAGUCUUAAAACAAUUCAUGCCUUG